GGUACACACCGGCCGCAGCAAGCAAAUCAGAUACGCACGACGCGGUGGUGGCUUUGGGUGCUUGGCUCGGCUGCCCGAUUCGGCUCAGUUGCCCUCAGUAUUGUUUGACACGUGAUCGCGAUCAAUUGUGCGCGCGGCGAACAGGUUUCGGACCUUUUCGCGGUUCAUUGGCUUUCUUCGGCAGUAGUGCGGAUCGUUAUCCUAUCGCAUAACGUGUCGCCGUUCGGCAGGUUUUCGAUUGUGAACUGUCUAAAAGUGAUAUAUAAGUGAUAUACUGGAAGUAGCUUAGCAGUGGUCGCCAAUUUCUGACAGCAGCAAGAAAAUCGCGCAUAUCCUAUCGCUUAAAACCCACGCACCUCCAUCAGCAUCAGUACCAGCCAGCAGCGGGGCGAAAACAACAAAACAGGCGGCAAUUGGUUUCGCUCGGAAGCAUGACGACCACCUUCAGGAUAGGAUGGAUCCCGCGACAACGACGACGGCGACGACAACUGUUGCCUUUCUCGUGUUUACUGGUGAUACAACUGAGCGUGCUGUCGAUGACAGCACGUGCUGCCCCGAGGAACGAAAAUUUCCAGCUGGUUAUCCUGCACAACAACGAUAUGCACGCCCGCUUCGAGCAAACCGGGGCCUACGGGAAUGACUGCCAGCCCGAGGACGUCGGCAACAAUCGGUGCUACGGGGGAUUCGCUCGGGUGGCGCACAAGAUUCGCGAGUACCGAAAAGAGGAAGCAAACGGUGGACUACCCGUCCUUUAUCUGAACGCUGGAGAUACCUACACCGGGACACCUUGGUUCACCAUUUUUAAGGAUAACAUAACCGCUGCCUUUUUGAACCUGCUGAAACCGGAUGCGAUUUCCUUAGGUAACCACGAAUUCGAUUUAGGUGUCGAAGGUUUGGUACCAUUCCUAAACGAGGUGGACUUUCCGGUGCUGGCCACCAAUCUAGAUCUCAGCGAAACGCCAUCGAUGCAGAACACUAAGUCAUUACAUAAUUCGAUUGUAUUCGUUAAAGAAGGAGUCAAAAUCGGAGUCAUCGGGUACCUUACGCCGGAAACGAAACAGUUGACUCCAAGCAAUACUGUUCUAUACACGGACGAGAUCCAGGCCAUCAACAAGGAAGCAGCCGUUUUGAAAGCACAAGGCGUCAACAUCCUAAUCGCUCUCGGUCACAGUGGUCUGGAACGCGAUCAACAAAUUGCUGCCGGUUGUCCAGAUAUUGAUCUCGUCAUCGGAGGUCACUCGCAUACGUUUCUCUACACGGGAGCUCAACCGGAUAAUAAUCCUCCGGAGGGACCAUAUCCGGUAAUGGUGAAGAACUUGGCCGGUCGAGAUGUGCCGGUGGUUCAGGCUUACGCUUACACCAAAUAUCUCGGACACAUGAAGCUUGAGUUCGAUCCAAGCGGCAAUCUGGUGUCAUUCGAUGGAAGUCCGAUUCUGUUGAAUGGAGCAGUGGCCAGAGAUUCCGAUGUGCUGCAAUUGCUGGAACUGUAUCGACCGGGGAUCCAAACGCUCGAGGAAGUGAUUGGACAGACCAAAGUUCUGCUGGAUUCUACGAGAUGUCGAUUUGAGGAAUGUAACAUCGGGAACAUGAUUGCGGAUUCGAUGGUGAAGACUUACGCGCUGUCGCGCGAUGAAAAGAGUGAGUACUGGACAGAUGCAUCGAUUGCGUUCAUACAGGGUGGAGGAAUUCGUGAUUCUAUUGUACCUGGUGUAGAUGGAAACAUUACCAAGAAGGAUUUACUAACUGUGCUACCAUUCGGAAAUGCAGUUAUUCUGGCCGAAGUCACCGGGGAAAUAAUCCGGUUAAUGUUGGAGCAUAGUGUGGCCCGAUAUGACGGUAUUCAGGGGUAUGGUGAAUUCUUACAGAUGGCUGGCAUCCAUGUCGUGUACGACCUGAGUAAACCGCCCGGUCAACGCGUUGCCAGCAUUGAGGUUCAAUGUGCACAUUGCUCCAUACCAACCUAUGGCCCCAUCUAUGAUUACGAUCGGUACAAGAUUUUCAUGAACCAGUUCCUGUGGGAAGGAGGCGAUGGUUACGACAUGUUUAAUGGGCGGAACUUUCAAGUACUUGCCUGGGGCGAGUACGAUAUGGCUGAGGAGUAUUUGAAGCGAUACUCUCCCAUCUAUCCGGCUGUCGAGUGGAGAGUUACGCUGCAAGGGAAGGUCAAUCCGGAUCACAUGACCACUACGACCGAUAGUCCUGGCUCGACGACGACAGCCGAAGAUGAUGGAGGGGCUGCUGGAAGUCUUAGGGCUACCGCAGUGACUGUUGCCGUGUUUGCAUUUAUUAGUAUACUACAGAGAGUGUUAUUGUGAAGUGUGUAUGUUGUUGACUUUAGUUAAAGCUGUUGUAAAAAGUAUUCCUAUCGGUCUAAGUACAAAGUAAAAUUGUUUGAUGUAAGAA